UUAUUAAAGGCAUUGCUGAAAUAAUAAAAGUUACUUAGACAAACAAAAUUUUGUCAAAACAGUGGUUCCGAAGUCUAUGGAAUGAUUUUACAGUUGACUUUUUCCCUCCAGGCCCUAGAGCCUCGGGCUACCUAAAUAGACCAGAAUGCAUACCUAUUGGACUCGUUAAGAGUUGAAUUAACGUCAUUAAGUGGUGAUGUGCAACUUUAUCCUGUUGAACGUUGUUCUAGAAUCACCGGUUAAACUCGCGAGGGAUUUUUUAAGAAGCAAACGGCACUUUUUUAAACGUCAACAAAGUACCGGAUUCAAAGCAGGUGGUGGCAGCAAGUUUUUGAGCGCAAGAGCAUGAUGUUUGCAUUCCGGGAGGUCCUGACCAAGCGUUUCCUGAGGGCGAUUGCUGGAGAGUUUGUGGCAACUCUAAUCUUCGUGCUGCUCGGUCUGAGUUCGACGAAGUGGGCGGAGCCAGAAGAGGAGCCGCAGUCGUCCACCCUGCUCCUGAUCUCGCUCUGCUUCGGCCUGAGCGUCACCACCAUGGUCUACUGCUUCAGCCACAUCAGCGGAGCUCACAUCAACCCCGCGGUGACCGUGGCCAUGGUCUUCUCCCGCAAAAUGAACGUGGACAAAGCCUUCUUCUACAUGGCUGCUCAGUGCCUCGGAGCCACCGCGGGCACCGCCAUCUUGUACGUGGUGACGCCCAAAGCUGCGGGAGGGCCCUUUGGAGCUACUGAGCUCAGCGCCAGCAUCUCACUGCUGCAGGGCAUUGCAGUGGAGCUGCUGAUCACGUUCCAGCUGGUCUUUACCGUGUUCGCCACCUGUGACCCCCGGCACAGCGAGCUCCAGGGCUGUGCCGCUCUGGCCAUUGGCUUUGCAGUGGCCAUCGGGCACCUGUUUGCAGUGCCUUACACUGGAGCCAGUAUGAACCCAGCUCGCUCUCUUGGGCCUGCGAUUAUGGCCUGGAACUGGGAAUACCACUGGGUGUACUGGGUGGGCCCCAUCACGGGCGCACUCAUCGCCGCCAUCAUGUACAAGUACCUGUGCCACCCCCACCUGGAGUUCAAGGAGUGUGUCCUGGGAGAGUUCUCCAAGGACGCCGCGGAGAAGCGGGAGGAGACGGAGUCUUUCCACAUCCCCGACCUGGACAGUAGCCCGAGGGUCGGAUGGCUGGAGUCUCUGAGGGCCUUCCACAUGGACAAGGCGGAGAUCGCCGAAGCCAAGCCCUUCAGCACUAUCGACGAGAAGACCGAACCCGCUGAGCCCGUGCGCGUCUGUCCCCCUGACACAGAGAAGGCGGAAAAGACCGACUCGAUUGACUACCCCCAGUAUGACAUCAAAUUAAAAUUCUGAACUAAUGUCAAUACAGAUAGAAAUCUACAUUCAAUUGAACCAUUUUCCUGAAUGUCAAUAGUUUGCUAAAUAAUUUACUAAAUGUUUGUCAAUAGUUUACAGUUGUUUACUAAACUACUAAAUAGUUAGUUUUUCUAUUAUUUAUUAUUUCCUCACUGGCUGUAUUGUAAAACUGGAUUUUGUACACAAAAUUGCAUACUUACUUUCAAUGCAUUAGCUGCACAUGUGCUUGUUAUGGCUUGAUUACUAGAGAAACACGAGCCAUGUAGAUGAGUACCACAGUAAAGCAGUAAAUGAUUCUUAAGUAGUUGUUUUUAAAAUGGCAUACAUACUUAGAACUGUGAAAUAAUUUGUUACAUUGUAUUAUUAUGUAGCAACUUGACCACAUUGACACCCUUUGGUUAUAUCAUAGCAGCAAUUUUGCUUUAGCAUUAUGUCAAUGUUAUGGCACAUUCAACUGCAUGUCCCCAACAUUAAUAGUACUACAGUGUUCAAUGUUAUAUCGUUACUUAGCUACUUAGAAAGUAUCGCUAAAAUGUGUCCAUUAGAUUUAAUUGAAGACCUACUAUUUUGCGUGGUUACACAAAACAGUAGUUUUUCAGUUUACUAGUUAAUUUCAACAGACUCUUCCAAUAUUUGUCGGCUAUGACACAGGUGAAAUUAAAUUAUUCAUUCUUGGUUGGGUGUUGCUGCAAUAAAUAUGGCAAGCCAUUAUCAGUUGAAUAGAAGCAUCAGAAGCUAAAUAACACUUCAAUUUUGCAUGUUAACCAGGAAACAUGGUUUUGAGAGUCUGCUUGCCAUAAAUGGCAGCUAGGGGCUCUUGAGUGACUGCCAAAAGUUCACCAAACGUUUUGUUAUCCUGUCUUGUGUUUGAUGUUUAUUUUUGUGUUUUUAGUCUUCUAAAACUCCAACUGGUCUGUGUAUAUAUAUUUGGU